CCCGGUGCAGCAACAGACCGCAGAUCUAUCGCUAACUGGUUCCCUGUUCUAGCCACGCGGUCUCGCGUGUUGUACCUAGCAAUGGGUUUGAUGUUUUCAUCAGAAGAGGGCAAGCUAGAAUAAAACCGUCCGCCCUUCCACCCGCUUCGCGUCGGCUUCUUUAUCCUCUUCACCUUUUGGCCAUUUAAGAACCACACCUACAGUUGCACGCUCUAACGGGACUUAUCUAAAUCUUCGAUUACCUAUCGUUGUCCGGAACAAACCUUAGUACCGUUCGUUUGAAAUAACCAUCCCAAAGCCAGUUCAAACACUAGGUAUUCUUAAGCUCUGACCAGACCUCAGUCCAGAAUGUUACUCUCAAGACGCUCUUUGAGUACUUUUCUCGUGGGGAUCGGCUUGGUCGCAUCCAAUAUUACAGCGUCUGCUGGUGCUCCAGUCAAUGGAGCGCAGGCUGUCCUUGUUGAUGUCGCUACUGCCGAGACUACCAUCGCUCCAAUUUACUAUGACGUGGAAAAGAGAGCCCUUUCGGGUUCCUCUAACCCCAGCGUCGUCACCUCGACCAUCCUCAUCACCUCUACCACUUGUUCUGCGAGUGUGGUGACAUCUACCAUCAUGGUUACUUCUACAACUUGCUCCUCCAGUUCGGUUAUACCUUCUUCUGUGCUUGCCUCUAGCGCCUCUGAAAGUGAGAUCACCUCCACGAUCACUGUUACGUCCACGACAUGCUCUCUCAGCUCCGAGUCAUCUUCCGAACCGGCUUCCUCGUCCGAGCCAGUUUCCUCAUCUGAGGCCGCUUCCUCUUCUGAGCCAGUUUCCUCAUCUGAGGCCGCUUCCUCUUCUGAGCCAGUUUCUUCAUCUGAGGCCGCUUCCUCUUCUGAGCCAGUUUCUUCAUCUGAGGCCGCUUCCUCUUC